UCUUCAACUGUGGGAAAAUAAAGUUUUCUCAUAAGCUCAUUUUAUUUCCAAAAUGGCGGAGUACGAUCUGACUACCAAGAUCGCGCAUUUUUUAGACCGACAUUUGGUGUUUCCGCUGCUGGAAUUCCUUUCUGUCAAAGAGAUCUUCAAUGAGAAAGAACUUCUUCAAGGGAAGCUGGAUCUUCUCAGUGACACAAACAUGGUGGACUUCGCCAUGGACGUAUAUAAGAACCUUUAUCCCGACAAAGAAAUUCCACAUUCCCUAAGGGAGAAGAGAACCACAGUAGUGGCCCAGCUGAAGCAGCUGCAGUCAGAGACUGAGCCCAUCGUCAAGAUGUUUGAAGAUCCAGAGACUCAGAGACAGAUGCAGUCCACCAGAGAUGGGAGAAUGCUGUUUGAAUAUUUAGCAGAAAAACAUAGUUUUCGUCAGGAAUAUUUGGACACACUUUACCGUUACGCCAAGUUCCAAUACGAGUGUGGCAACUACUCGGGGGCUGCUGAGUAUCUCUACUUCUUCCGCGUGCUAGUUCCCUCCACGGACAGGAACGCUCUGAGCUCUCUCUGGGGGAAACUGGCCUCUGAGAUCCUCAUGCAGAACUGGGAAGCAGCCAUGGAAGACCUGACCCGCUUACGAGAGACCAUCGACAACAAUUCAGUGAGUUCCCCUCUUCAGUCUCUUCAGCAAAGGACGUGGCUCAUUCACUGGUCUUUGUUUGUAUUCUUCAACCACCCUAAAGGCAGAGACAACAUCAUCGAGCUGUUUCUCUAUCAGCCCCAGUACCUGAACGCAAUUCAGACCAUGUGUCCCCACAUUCUACGCUACCUAACUACGGCAGUUAUCACCAACAAGGACGUGAGAAAACGACGGCAAGUCCUCAAAGAUUUGGUCAAGGUCAUCCAACAGGAGUCGUACACGUACAAGGAUCCCAUCACAGAGUUUGUGGAGUGCCUGUACGUUAACUUUGAUUUCGACAGCGCGCAGAAAAAACUAAGGGAGUGUGAGUCGGUGCUGGUGAACGAUUUCUUCCUGGUGGCAUGCUUGGAGGAUUUCAUCGAAAACGCACGGCUGUUCAUCUUCGAGACAUUCUGUCGGAUCCAUCAGUGCAUCAGCAUCAGCAUGUUGGCAGAUAAGCUGAAUAUGACCCCCGAGGAGGCUGAGAGAUGGAUCGUAAACCUGAUCCGCAAUGCCAGACUGGACGCCAAAAUCGACUCCAAACUGGGUCAUGUGGUGAUGGGUAACAACGCCGUGUCACCAUAUCAGCAGGUGAUUGAGAAGACCAAGAGCUUGUCCUUCCGCAGUCAGAUGCUGGCAAUGAACAUCGAGAAGAAAAUCAGCCACAGCAACAGGAACGAGACACCAAACUGGGCGGCUCAGGACACUGGCUUCUAUUAGACCAGCAGCAAAAAAACAAAACGGUGGAUCAACUGUUAUACUCAACCAACCACACUAUUUAACUAACUAACUUUUACCUAGGUAUGUUUUAUAUUAGGAUCAUUUUACAAAGGACUGUUGCAGACAUUUCCACAGCAUGACAAGUGUUGCAGAGUUCUGGGGUAUUUUAAAAGCUUACAGUAAGUUUUAUGUAUUCUGUAUGAAGAAAGGCAUUUACAAAGUGAUUAAGUUAUUGUGAAUAUUCCAGUUCUAUGUAAUCUCAAAUAACAUUUUCCCAAAUGCAAUUUAUUAUGAACAUCAUAACACCAAAAUAAACGCUGAAAGUGUUACCACAGUUUUUCAUGAUCUUACAAAAAACUUUCCAAGAAGUUGAAUUUCUGCGGUCCCAAACAGAAUAUGGUAAAAAUAAUGAUGCACUUCUAAUGCCCCUUCCACCUGUCCCCUGCUCUACAGCUUAUUACAAGUAGUUCCUCCCUACUAGAAUACUGUAGUAAUAUUUUGAAAGUCCAACAGUUUUUACACUCUUUGGGGAAGUCAACUUGUGAAUUGCUUACAGUUGUCUUUUAAACAACACGCUUGAAUUUCUCAUCUGAUGUUGUGGACACUAGAUGGCAGCAGUGACUUAAUUUUCCACCUAUGUCAGGUCACUCAACCAUAGACAUUCACAAGCCAGUUAUUACCAACUGCCUGGCUGAAGACUUUGUUAGACUUUGUAAUGUGUUUACAAGCUGCAACUGAAACCUAGGAAUGUUGGCAAGCUGUGUUUGAUUUUGGGAGCUACCAGGUAAUUUUGGGCCAGAGGAUUUUAAAACAGUGUGUUGUCAGAGUGAACCAAGAUGGAAAGAUCAUUUGGUUGUGACUCAUUAAUGACCAGCUUCCUCAAAAUGACAUUUCAGUUUUUUCCUUUGGUUAUUUUUGAAUUUCAAACUCAGUCCCACAUGAAAGUUCCGGUAAAAAGUGUUUGUAAAGAACUGUUCGGUACACUGAAUUUACUGAAUGAUCAUUUCCUGGAGACUAAUUCGUUUGGUAAACUCGCCAAACUAAUGUCUACAAUGCAUCCUCCUGUCUGUUAAAAUCGAAUUCAGUUUUAAUCUGAAAGAAGAGUAACAAGAAACUAUUUUGAAUAAAAUUGGAACAUUGUCAUUUUCAUAAUGAAAAAUGCAGUGUCUCCAAAAAGUGUUUGUGCUAAUAUUUCGUUAAAAUAAAUGCCUCUUGGUUUAUAUUUUGUUGUAUAAUGCAAAUACAUUUAUACAUUUCUAAGUGUAGCUUAAGUGUCCAAAUAAUUUUUGUGGCCAUUGUACAGUGAGAAACAAAAUAGAUUGGGGUUUACCUAAAAAAAUAAAAACCCUGAGAAACAAUUUCCACACAGAAAUUUCAAGUAAAUUUAACAGACCAUAUUUGUAAGUAAAGGCUAUACACAACUCUUGGUGGCUUUAAUUAGAAACUCUCAAGUAAAUUUUACACACUCUUUAUUUGUACAUUUUACUUAAGCAACGUCGCAUUGAAUUAAAGCAUGCUUUUUAAAGUGUACAA